UAUUGGUGCUAAGAGCAAGAGGAACCUAGCUGGUGCAGUCUCUUCUAAUUCAUCUCCCAGUCAAUUGUACAAUUGUGUGCAAUUUUGCAUGGUAUACAAGCAGCCCUUUUCUUCAGCUUGUCACUUCAAGCGUAUGAUUGUGUUUCUCUUGUCUAACAUAAGCUUGGUAGAUCGUGUUAGAGAACAGGUUUUGCCUAAGCUUACCUUAAGCACUUGAUUUGGGCAAAAGUAUUGUCAUUCAGGUCGUUUGUUUCAAUUGUUCUUUCCAUCUAAGAUAAACUGCAUAUAUCUGUUUGACAAAACACAUUCAAGCAAGCAUUACUCAAUGAAGUCAUGUUGAAUGACUUUGGUUUUGAAAAUUAACCAGGGCAGAAAGAUAAGAAUUAAUGCCAAUCAGCCCUGUUGACUUUUCAAAACAAAAAGCAUUAUUCUGUUGACAUUGGAAGGAAAAGUAUGCAUCCCUUUUUUGAAUUUAGACUGAACUGAGCUGUUAUCCAUAUUUUCUAUAUUAAAUUUAUAUUUGAAAAUAAUGAACUGAGCUGUUAUCCAUAUUUGCUAUAUAUCACCAAGUUAAUGUAGAAACAACUACAACAUUAAGAGAGAGAGAGAGGAUGAGUGGAGUAGGAAAGGUGGUGUGUGUUACUGGAGCUUCUGGUUACAUAGGUUCAUGGCUAGUGAAGGUCUUACUACAAAGUGGAUAUAUUGUCAAAGCCACUGUCAGUAAUCUAAGUGAUUCAAAGAAAACGGAUCACUUGGUUGCUCUAGAUGGAGCUGAAGAAAAACUUCAUUUAUUCAAAGCAAAUUUAAUGGAAGAAGGCUCUUUUGAUACUGCUAUCAAUGGAUGUGAUGGGGUUUUUCACACAGCUUCUCCUGCAAUUCUUUCAGCCAUUGACCCUCAAGCAGAAAUAAUAGAGCCGGCAGUGAAGGGAACACUGAAUGUUCUAAGGUCAUGUGCAAAAGCUCAAUCUUUAAAGAGAGUGGUUAUAACAUCUUCCUUUGCUUCAGUUUUAUUAAAUGGAAAAAAACUUGCCCCUGAUGUGGUUGUUGACGAGACAUGGUUUUCUGAUCCUGUUCUUUGUGAGAAUUUGAAGCUAUAUUAUCCACUUUCGAAAAUUCUAGCCGAGGAGGCUGCUUGGAAAUUUGCAAAAGAAAAUCAGAUCGAUUUGGUCACUAUUCAUCCAGCAUUAGCACUUGGUCCUCUCCUGCCACCAGUUAUUAAUAACAGUGUGGAGCUGAUUAUGAAUCUUGUUAUUAAUGGACCUCAAACGUUUCCAAUUAGUGUUUGUGGAUUUCUUGAUGUUAGAGAUGUUGCAAAUGCGCAUGUUCAAGCAUUUGAAGUUGCUUCAGCUAGUGGAAGAUACAAUCUAGUUGGAUGUGUUGCACACAUUUCUGAUGUUUUAAAGAUUUUAGAAGACCUCUACCCUGCUUUGAAUAUUCCUGAAAAAUGUGAAGUAGAGGCACAACCUCUAAUGCCAAAGUAUCAAGUAUCAGAUGUGAAAGCAAAGAGUCUGGGAAUCAAUUACAUUCCAUUGAAAGUGAGCUUGAGAGACACUAUAGGAGGCCUCAAGGAAAAGGGCUUUCUUAAUUUCUAAUAAUAUUUCAUUGAUAUAUAUAUAUAUAUAAAUAUUUAAAAAAAAUAGUGAAUUAAUUUUUAUUAAAAUUAUAAACAAUAUUUCCUACUUUAAAACUAAACAAAUGUGCAUUGCACGUUACUUCUACUUAGUAUAUAUAUAUCAAAAUUAAAAGUCUUAAAUGAUUCAAAAGCU